CAGCAAAACAUGAUGAUGAUAAUAAUGCAUAAAUUGACUGUGUUUUUGAGCUUGUACUGAACCGAAUCGAGUUAUUCCUUUGUGCUAUAUUUAUGCUUUACACUAUUAAUUAUAUAAAUAAACUUCCUCUACUUUUUAUGAAUUAUAGGUUAUAGCUCCACCCAUUGUAAUUAAUGAUGUCAUUAUUAUGAUGAGCUUGAGCUUGAGAGACUUGACUCGACUGUCAUCUAUUUUUCCUCAUUCUUCUCUUUCUCUUAUGCAUUCUCUUAUCAUACCAUACUGUAUAGUGCUGUGCCUUUAAAAUUUUGUGGAUUGAUCAAAAUAAGGUGUCAAGCAUACAAAUUAUUAUUAAUUUUUGUUGCAAACUAAUGAAAUUACAAAAUUAACCCCCUAACAAAAAUGUUAGGUGGUCUCACUGGUCUACCAACAUUGGGCUGCGUGGGUCCCUUGGGACAAUACUGUCAGUCUGUCACCGUCGUCUGUGAGAAAUAAUGUGGAAGAUGCUCCUGCUCAGAGUUUUGUUGCUCUCUCUCAGUUUCGCCUUUUAUUGGGUGGAUUCUUGUUCAACGGUAUCUAAAGGCAAUGUAUCACUAACUGGAGUAUGUCCUAAUGAUACUUUUAUUCUACCCAUUGGAACUGGAAAAACAUUUGAAUAUUCUUGCAUUUACAAAUCUAAUGCGUCUUUCAUAGUUCAGUUUUAUUGGAAUAUCAGUGGUGAUAUUAUUACUGCUUUUACAAGUCCUCUUCCAAAUGGAAUUGGUUUAUCUAUUAUUGAUAAUAGCAUAGCUGACCUGAGGAUUGCCACUAACACAUUGUUAGAUAUUCAUAUUCAAUGUGGAUUGUGUUCAUUUUCCGCAACAAGACAUUGUUCUUUAGAUACAAAGUUGGUGGGAGCAGAAUCAAUUCAACUGAUUGCCUUUGGUCCUCCUUCUUCAUUAUCCCAUGAGUUAAGAGAGAAUGAAACUGUUAAGUUGUCAUGGUUACCUCCUCUAGCAGAAGCUAUUAUUACUCACAUAUGA